GACUCUGUAGCAUGCUCCCCCUACAAUAACCAACUCAUGUCAGAUUCCGAAGAAGAAGUACCAACUAUGGAGUUAAAACUCCCAGAUUAUUUACCCCUCAAGUCGGAGUUAAUGCGGGAUUUUGAAAAACUGUUCCACAAUCGUACUAUUCCUGACAUAAUCAAAGUUCAAACGCGUCAAAUCCAAGAGGCAGCAGAGAAAUACAUUCAGUAUGUUUUAGAGCAUCCUCAACUCGAUUUCGAUGAAUCCAUCCUAUCACUGUUUGAGAAAAGUUUAGAAAACUUAAUAAGAUCUGAAUUUGAAUUCCUGAAGCUUGAAGCUAUUCGCAAGAAUCCCCUGGUGUCUGCGUUUGCUCUGCGAGAAGAAUCUGAUUUGACACUAGAUUCUCUAGAAAGCUACCAAAAUAUCACUAAACCUAAUUUUUCAGAUGUAAUUGAAGAGCAGUACUUGGAAAUGAAAAGUCCCAAAUAUUCUAAAGGAUACAAAGAUUUAAUUCACAAACACAAGUUUUAUAACUACUUGAAUGAUAUAUUAUUUGUCAUACGAAAUCCAGAGGAUCAAAUUCCAGAUGAAAAUGAGGAUGAAGAGUUGAACGUUUCAGGUGGGAAGAUUUCCCUUAAGGAUCCUCUUUCAUUGAAUUAUUACUCCGAUCCAGUUAGAUCCAAACGUUGUAAGCAUACAUUUGAAAGACUGAAUAUAGAAGAGCAAUUGAAGAGAGGGGAAGCAUCACGAGAGAGGAUAACACAUUGUCCUAUUGCAGCAUGUUCUCAGGUGAUAAACAGGGCUGACUUAGAAGCUGAUGUAUUAAUGAUUAUACGAAUUCGUUCAUUCCAGAGGUUACACAAUAAGACCAGAGAUGUAGAUACUGUUAUUUAGAGGUAUUUCAAUCAUAUGUUUUUGGCUACUUCACUUUAUUCCGAUGCUGCACAUUGAAAUAAUGUAAAUAUUGUAUCGGCUGGUGUAAUUUAAUGAAGUUGAGACAUAUAAGACUGCGGUUAUAAGGCCCCUCCAGAGAGCUGAACUUGCCAAAUUCCAUGCAUAAUAUUUACGAUUGAUGUUUGAUCAAUUUAAUAAAUAAUCAGGUAAAAUUUCAUGCUUGCUGUUAAUAAACUGGUUUCAUGUAAGGAAUAGAAUUGGCUGUGAGUUUUUAGAGUGUUGAUUAUAUUUAGUAGAAUUAGUUUAGAUUCUGCUAAAUGGACAAGGCGGUAGUGGCGGAUUAGUAACAGUUUCGGUUAAAGAUUCCCAGCACACUCUAGAAUCAAUUUCAGGUGUAGCGGUAAUAUUGACUUCGUAACUUUAUUUCGAUCUAUGUACACUUCAUUUUGUGCAGUAGCUCAAUUUGGAAUUAAUUUACAAGCACAUAUAUUAUGAAUUGUGUGUUUAUUUCUGUGGAUUUUUUUUUUUGAGUCAAAGGCAAUCGGUCCUAGUUUUAGCUAACAGGUGAAGUUUAUUGUCAAAUUAAAUCAGUUGAAAUUUAUCCAAUAAAGUAAAAAGGAUGUUUAUCUCAACCUUUACAUAAAGGUGUUUUUUUAAUGCUUUAAAUUACAUUAUUUGUCUAGAUCUUUUAACAGUUUUCAUAUGUGUGUUGAAUUGUUUAGAAUAAGGU